ACACCAAGAUAUCAACAGCUGAUGCGAUAGGCGGAAUUCACCAGGGCCCCAAUUCUUCCGGUAACUCGUGGCUUGGACCUUCACAGGAACCUAACGACCGCAGUCAACAGCACCUUGGAGAGAGCGGAGCGAGCAGAGUCGGGCCUUUGGCGUUAUGAGGAUAUAUCACACUGAUCGAAUUAGGCGAGCAGCGGUCCAGAGCGAGUAUGUAUAUAAGGUCGAGGAAGGCUGCAGAGAUGGUAUCGUUACCAGCUGCAGAUAUUCAAUUGAUCCCGGAAGAAGCCCACUGCUCAACCUCGACGUGAUCCUACAUCUUCAAUCAUGAAGCUCACUUCUGCCCUCGUCGUUCCUCUUAUUCCCGCACUGUCUUCAGCAGCUGCUCUUGGUCGCCGCCAGAACCAGCAGGGUGAUGGUCCUCAGGGUGAUACUGAUGCCACACAAGGUGACCUCAGUGGUCGCCCGGCACCGCGCUUCCCAUUUCCGCGUGUUGAGUUUCCGAUUCCCAAGGAGACCGUUGUUCUCAACGAGACCAUGUACAUCUACCCCGGCCAGACCUUCGACGGACAGAUGAAGCGUUACGAGCGUGUGGAUGGUAGCUGCAACGAGCAGGCUGAGGGCACUGACGCCGAUGCCGUUUUCAACCUCAUGCCCGGCGCCACCAUCAGGAAUGUGGUAAUCGGUCAACAUCAAUCAGAGGGCAUCCACGCUCUGGGUGAUGCGUGGGUUGAAAAUGUCUGGUGGGAAGACGUCUGCGAGGAUGCCCUCACAUCCAAGGGUCUCAACACCCAGCUCCGCGUCAUUGGCGGUGGAGCUCGCAAUGCCCAGGACAAGAUCUUUCAGGACAACUCUCUGGGCGGCAAGUUCAACAUUACCGGCUUCUACGCCGAAAAUUUUGGCACCUUCUACCAGUCGUGCGGCAACUGCUUGAACCAAGCCAAGCGCAACGUCACGAUCCAGAACGUCAUUGCGGUGAACGGGACUCGCAUGGGCAUAAUCAACCCCAACUUCGGCGACGAGUAUCGCAUCAAGAAUUCGCAGGUCCAGGAUGUCACGUUCAUGGUCGACAAAGAGAUUGGCAACAAUGUCCAGACCGUUCCUUACACGAUCGGCACAGGGCCGGAUGAGAAGUAUGCCUUGUACAACAUGACCCGCGAUGCUAUCACUGGCUUCAACGGAACAGCUGCAGACGUGCACGAGCCUGAGGAGCCAUAUGAGUGGCUUGAUGAGUUCUGGCCUGGCAGCUCGAUUGCGAAGUAG